AAGUGCACAGAUAGCUAACGUUAGCUGUUAGCUCCGCUACCCGGAGCCCAGUAGCUCCGGGCCAACAGCGGAGUGUCAAGUGCACAGAUAGCUAACGUUAGCUGUUAGCUCCGCUACCCGGAGCCCCGUAGCUCCAGGCCAACAGCGGUUAGCAAAGCUAUAGGGGUCCAUAAGUUUAUGAUAUGUCUGUCUCGGUAACAGUAACGGGGCUCCGGCAGUCGGUUUCAAUACAACAAUAUUAAGACGAGUCAAUGGCGCUACUCGGCUCUGAUUAAAGGGUUCCUGUGCUGAGUGACAGCUGAGAGUGACCAUCAUCCCUGAUCCAUUGCCCUCAACCUUCACAGAGCACAGGAUGCCAAGGAAGUCGAGGCGGUCUGUGGUGUUGAAGCAGCGCUGGAGGAAGCUCAACCUGGAGGAGCUGAGGUCUUCCCCCACCCCCCCGGAGACGGUGUCCCCCCCGGCUGGAGAGGAGCCUUCCAGAGGGUCAAGGACCAAGAGGACCAGGGAGACCCACCCCCCCUGCUCCCGAGCUCCAGUCGGCAACGCAGUUGGAUCUUCACCCCCAGCCAAGCCUUUCUGGAGCCCGGAGGAUGUGCAAGUUCGUGCACGCCGCGGUACCGGUUACCGCCAUCCGGUGGAGACGUGGCCAACUUCGAAGCUCACUGGACGGAGCCACAAGUUGGUCAUCCCACCGGAGUCUCCUGGCAAGCAGUUUGUUCUGAUUGUCGGGGACUCCCAUCUCCGGGCCAUCGUGGACCGUUUCGCCAAGAUGCCAGAAGGGAAGUUUUCUUUUGGUAUCAUGUCGACCCCUGGGGCCCAUGCUGCUCAGCUGCGCACUGAGGUCCUACAUGCAAAGGUUCCUCAAUCCCCUGAUGCUGUUUGUGUUCUUGCUCCUAGCAACAACCUGACUGCGAGCAGGACCGUCGACGAGGCAGCCGUCGACUACGCCCGAUUCCUCACUGCUGUGAGGAGCCGCUGGCCGGAGGUCUUUGUGGUGGACUUCCCCCCCCACCUGAACGAGGAUGAGGAGCACCAGAGGGCCCUUCGCCACGCGUACCAUCGCGUGACAGCUCGUAUGGGUUUUUUAGGUUUGAGGUACUUCUCUGCGGAGGAGUACUUCCCCCGUACGCGCUUGGAUCUGUGGAGCAGAGACGGCGUUCACCUGAGCGACCGUGAGGGUAUGGGGAUCCUCACCCAGCUGCUGUGGGCCUCCACGGAGCAGUUCCUCGAGACACCACCACCACCUCCCCCUCCCCCGGUGUCUCCUACUCCUUCACAGCCGCUUAGGAAGGUUUCUCCUAAGCUGGUUGUGAAGGGAGAGGUACGUGCUCCUCUGUCUCCUGACCCCUUCCAGUGGAAGGUCGUUGGUCAGAGCAGCAAGCCGCAGGUUCCUGGUCCAGCCAGCGUGGUUCAGCAGCAGGAGAAGGAGUCCUUCCUUCCACUGAACCCACGGUGGUUUAGUAGCACGACCCUUUGUGCUAUGGAGGAAGUGUCUCCUUCUCAGCUGUCUGAUGUGGUGGACGUCCCAUCUCCUCCAGCACGCAAGAAGGUGGCCUCCCCAGCGACAGCCAGGCGUCAUAGGACCACGGAGAGACGCCCCCCCCGCCACCAGUCUCCUGUGAACAACCAGGUUGGAUCCCCUCCAGCCAGGCUGUCACGGAGACCAGCCCGGUUCCUCGGUCCAGGACCACGGUUGGAACACCCCCCCGCACCCAAACUUCAGUGACCAACCUGGUUGGAUCCCCUCCAGUCAGGUUGUACUGUAGUUUGGGUGAUCCGGCGACCCCCUGCUGUUCACCGGUUGCGAAGGUGACCAGGAUGAAGACCCCUUCACCGGUUGGACCAUCCCAGACCAUUAAAGCUGCCUGUCACUCUCCUCGCCCAGUUAAGACCGUCGGGACACCAGUUCCCUCAUCGUCCUGCUGGCCCUGGAUCAUCGAUGACGGACUUGCCACCUCUCAUUCCCCUUCUAAAGAGACCCAGAUAAGUAGAAUAUCAGGAGGUCUAGGGCCACAACACCAUCUACAGGUGUAUAUAUAUAUAUAUAUAUACACAGAAGGACUCACAGAUCAUUUGUGCUGGUCAAGAGAGUAGCCUACUCAUGAAUAAACAGUGAAAUUGAUUGCACUUUAUAUAGGGAGCACUUAAACAAGUGUGUUGUUUAUGGUUAUUGGGGUUGUGGAUUUCUAGUGUAGGGUAGAGGAUGUUUGUUUUGUAUGUGUAUUUAUUUGACGAUUGCCUAUGGUGCCCUACGAAUGAGUAUGAAUGAGUAUGUAUGUCUAUACACACUGCUUCAAGAUCAUUCCAACUGUUGACCUCAGAAUUUUCCAAUAAUGUACUACAGGCUUUGUAUCAUUGAAUAGGAAUAAAGAGACUAUACAGCUGACUAUACAGCUGCCUUUAUUAAAUCUGUAAUAAAAUAUUUCACACCAAGGCAAAAAAAUGUAAUAAAAUACUCUUGAGUUUUGGCUGUUAAAACCAUAGCAUCAAGCUUCAAGGUGCAGGGUUUUUUAAAUUGCCGAUUGUGCAUGAACCGCAGUCCAGACACAUAGGAAUAGCUUGUGCGGGGCACUCUCUGAGUCAACAGUCUAGAAAAAAAGAAUAAAAACACUAUAAUAAAAUAUAAAAUAUAAAAAAUAUUUAAAAAACACUGUACAAGAAGGUGGUUGUAUAUAUGCAAUUUUUAAAUAUUAGUGCUAAAUGAUAAAUAGGCUGGUCCUGAGUGCUGUUCCUGGAUUGUGAGAAGGCGGGGAAAGGGGACAGUUAUAUGGAGAUAUUGCACAUUUUGGGAGGGGGAAGAAAGUCAUGUGGGGAUAUUGCACAGUUAAAGAAAAAAAAUCAGUCUUCUUCUUCAAAUCUUGCAAAGACUUUGUAGUUCUUCCCCUCGACAACUUGUUCCCAGAAAUGUUCAUAGUCCUUUUUCUUUUGAAAAAUGAAAGUGAACAUUUCUGCUGGAGACUCUGAAUCAUGUUCAUCUUCCCAACUACAAAGGUCCUGGAGGAUUUGAGUUUGCUCCUCUUUGUCCAUGGAAAGGACCUGUGGCAUUUCAAGUCCUCUAUCAAACUUUGCCUUGCGACACCAGUCAGCAGCAGCUACGCAAUCUCUCAAAAUAACGUCGCUCUGCAGUAAACAAGAAAACAAGUUCAAAGUAUUCAUUGUAUAUUGAUAUUCCCAAGUAAUGAUUCAAACUAGCUUAUAAUUUACAGCAAAUUAACAAAUUGAUGAUAUAAUUAGACAUGCUUAUUACUUUAUUGUCAACAAACUCCCUAACCAGAUAUUUAUAGAUAAUCUUUAUUAUUGCCUUUAGAUAAAAGCAAGAUUGUAUAUUUUAUGUCAAAGUGGCAUUCAUAAGCUUGGUAAUGUUAACUAUUUCAGUACUUCUGUGAACUGUUUUGUCUUGUUUUUAAGACCCUACACUUAACUGUUAUUUAAGUUUCAUUGAAAUAAAAUUUAAACCUCAUUUGUC